CUGCUUCUCUCCUCCUUAAAUCCUCUCUCUCUCUCUCUCUCUCCCCUUCGCCCGCCCCUAGGAAUGGGCACGAGGGGCGAGGCUCCGAGGAGGAGGCGGCGUCUCUCUUUCGUGCCAAAAGCGCUUCUGGGUCCGGAGAGGAGAGGGAAGGGAAGGGGCCCCGAAGAUGGCGGUGGCAGCGGCGGGGUCGGCAGCCACGGGCUCCGAGCAGCAAAGCUCGAAUGGUCCUGUGAAGAAGUCAAUGCGUGAGAAGGCUGUGGAACGGAGGAAUAUUAACAAAGAACACAACAGUAACUUCAAGGCUGGAUAUAUUCCAAUCGAUGAGGAUCGUCUGCACAAAACUGGUUUGCGAGGCAGGAAGGGGAACUUGGCUAUUUGUGUGAUUGUCCUCCUUUUUAUUUUGGCCGUCAUCAAUUUGAUUAUCACCCUCAUCAUUUGGGCUGUGAUUCGUAUUGGACCCAAUGGCUGUGAUAGCAUGGAGUUUCACGACAGUGGCUUGCUGCGGUUUAAGCAAGAUUCUGACAUGGGAAUUAUCCAUCCAUUGUAUAAAAGCACAGUGGGAGGUCGACGUAAUGAAGAUUUAGUGAUUGUGGGAGAAAACCAACCAGUUGUGUUUCAGCAAGGGGACACAAAACUCAGCAUUGAAAAGAAUACAACUAAAAUUACCAGUGAUAUUGGUAUGGAAUUUUUCGAUCCACGGGCUGAGAAGACUUUGUUCAGCACUGACUAUAAUGCACAUGAGUUUCACUUGCCAAGUGGAGUGAAAAUCCUGAAUGUCCUAAAGGCAUCUACUGAGAGGAUUACCAGCAAUGCCACCAGUGAUCUAAAUAUAAAGGUGGAUGGACGUGCUAUUGUCCGUGGAAAUGAGGGUGUUUUCAUCAUGGGCAAAACCAUCGAGUUUCUUAUGCAGGGUGAUAUGGAACUAAAAGCAGACAAGAGCAUAGUCCUCAAUGGAAGCGUGAUGGUCAGUACUUCUCGACUGCCAAGUUUUUCACCCAAAGACCAAUUUAGCAACGGUGACUGGGAGCGUUACAAGCUUUGCAUGUGUGCCGAUGGGACUCUAUUCCGUGUUCAAGUUAAGAGCCGCAACAUGGGUUGUCAAACCUCUGUUAACCCCUGCGGUAAUACAUAUUAAUGGUAAAGCUAUGUACAGUGGGAUGAGGAGGAGUCAUUUCUAUUUAAAUUCAAAGUUUCUUGUUUUGAAGGUUAUUGGGUUUGGUUUUUUUUAACAGCAGCUAACAUGAAGCACUUUUUAUAGAGGACAUUAUGUCUAACAGUAUUCAAUUGAUAUAAUCAAUCAUGUUUAAAAUAAGCCAUAAAUUCCACAUGUAAGUUCUGCACAAAUUUCACUCCAGAAGUGUUUAGGAUAUUCUUGAUUUGAGGUUUCUAAAGCAAAUUGUCAAGCCUGAUGUAGCAUCAUAGAAAGCAUAUUUAUCUUUAUGAUAUCCUUACUUUGCAGUUUUACUUUUCCCAAACGUUUUGCCAGAACCUUUGCAGAUGAAAUGGAGCCUUAUUUGUCCUGAGGUUCGGUCCUGAAUAGAUUUAGUUGACUUUUCCAACUUUGCAUUGAAGCAUAUAUGUUAAAUACACAAAAUAAGAGAAUGGCAACUUAUGCUUCUCUUCAUGAUUACGAAGGAUUCUGCCUAAAAUAUCUAAAUGUAAAGACUUUCAAAUCACUAUACAGUGGGCAUCUGCUUGGCAGUUGAUUACUUCCUUUGACUUCCAGUUAUAUACUUGUAAAGAUAACAAGGAAACAGAUUCUAUCCUUUCUUUUCCUGUACUGUUCUGCCAAUAUGACAUGAAAAUGAAUAGAAGAUAGAAGCUAAGCUUUUUUUGUGAACAUCAAAAUGUGUAUGUUGCUUUAAGUAAUUUGGGUUUUGCUGCAUUUGUAAUAGCAUUCUUGGCAUAUAUCCCUAUAUGAAUGAACUUUUAUUCUGGUAAAUAGACCAUGAAAGGUGUAAUUACUAUUUAAAAGCAAACCAUCAAAAAAAAGCUUUUUACUUUUCAGCUAUAUUCUAUUAUUCACUCCUCCGGGCCCUUCUACACUUCCCUUAUAUUCCAGAAUCUGAUCCCAAAUUGUCUCUAAACCCGCCUGCCUCAGGCCACAGAGAGAGGCAGGUAAGAAAUUAAAUUAUUAUUAUUAUUAUUAUUAUUAUUAUUAUUAUUAUUAUUAUUAUUAUCUGUUUAUCCCAGAUUAUAAGGCAGUGGAGACUCAUAUAAUCCAGUUCAAAGCAGAUAACCUGGGAUCAGAUCCUGGGAUAUAAGGACAGUGUAGAAGGGUCUCCCUCUCCCACCUGUCUUGAAUUUAGUCUGAGCAAAAACAUUCUCAGCAAAAGGAAGGCUCAAUAGCAGUGGUUGGUUCUCGACCUUUUGCCUUCCAGAUGUUUAGGACUCCAACUUCCAGAAUUGCUCAGCAUUGGUUAUCUUAGCUAGGAUUUUUUUGAGAUUAAGUUCCACUGAGGGCCCUUCCACACAGCCAUAUAACCCAGAAUAGCAAGGCAGAAAACCCUACAUUUUCUGCUUUGAAUUGGAAUAUAUUGCAGUGAGGACUCAGAUAACCCAAUUCAAAGCAGAUAUUGUGGGAUUUUCUGCCUUGAUAUUCUGGGUUAUAUGGCUGUGUGGAAGGGCCCUAGAUCCUCAGGAAGACCAAUUGUUGAGAAACAUUGUUUUACAGUAAUGUUUUUUUUUCCAGUUCUUUCCAUACAUUCUGGAUUGUAUUUGAAUACAUUGCCGUUUAUGUAAUAGACAGUUUAUUUUCUAGUCAAGGACCAUAUUUUGAGAUGCCCCAUGCUAACAGACAAGCUUAAUAUUCAGGGAUUUCCUAUCACUGAAACCUCAAAUUCUUCUUGUGUACACUGAAAGUUUGGCACCACCGCUACUAAAGAAAAUUUGCCAAAACAACCUGUGGAUACUAAAAAUGUCUUCAAUCAAGAGUUUUAUUGCCUGUUAAUUUAGAGAAGUCCUGCAGAAGCAUUUUGCAGGAUAAGUAGAAAGUUAAAUUCUAAGAAUCCUAAUUUUUCAAAUCUCCAAUUGCAUUUCAUGAGAAAGAAAACGACAAUCCGUAAGAUGCUCUAAACAAUAGCAAAAGCUAGAUUGUGUGAUAAGCUUGGAAUAUUUUAUACCUCUACUGUCGUCAGUCAGUAAAAGUUAAUUCUUUGUCCCAUAACCACUCAUUUAACAAUGCAUGCAAACCUAUACACUAUAUGAGCAAUUUAGGACUGCGUUUUAGUUGUGGGUUCAUAUGCUUAUAAUAAUCAUGCUGAAAUACAGUAUUCAUCUGCAAGCUAAUUAUGGGAGCUUCUAUCCAUAUUUAACUAUUUUGGCAUGAACAAAUCAAAAUUAAAGAUUUGAUAUCAGGCUGUUUUGUUAUAUUUUAACAUUAAAUUAUUCUUAAUAAUUUGUGGGUUUAUUCAGAAGCAUCAUUCUGUUAUUACAAGACUUUAAGGAAUUGUUUUCCUUCUUGUAGGAGUAUAAAACGCAAUCUUUUGAUUUAGCUAGCACAAUGUUUUACAUAACAUGUAACUUCAUUUUACCAGAAUCUACUAAGUACUUGUUCUACUAGUGGUCAUCAGGUAUUAACAGAGGCAGCACUUUUCUGCUAGCUUACUAUUGGAUAUAAACCCUAUGUUUAAUGUGCUAUUUAUGUAUUAACUCUGUGUGUAAAGAUAAUAUUGCUGAUUUAUCUUAGAAGACUGCUGUACAGACUACGGUAAUGUUCUGUGGUUUGGAAUACUUGAAAUGUGUGAUAUAUUUGUAUUAAAUACAUUAAUAGAAUUUCACCUCUACAAACCCUUAUCUACCCCAGCACCAUAAAAGAAGUAAAAAAACAAAGCUCCCAUCAAAAUUUAUAGGGUAAUGUGUAUGCUAAACUUUUACGUUGCAUUUGACCCAAGUCCUCUGUGAUUACUGUACUUCCUUUCUUUACUUAUAGGAUGCAGCAUCACAUUCAGAUGUUAUAGAGGGCAGGACAUAUGGGUGCAGAGGGCGGAUCUAUAAUAAAAUCAUGUGUAAAUGGCUAAAAUGUUUUUAGAGUUCCCAUUCAUAGGAUCAGGCUUUGGAAAAUUGCGCCCAUCUGUGCAGAAAAAGCAUUUGAUCAGGUAAGCUGGGGUAACUUGGAGAAAGUCUUGGAAUUAUAUGAGGUGGGCUACUUUAAAAAAAAAAGCAUUUGGGGGAAUAUAAUCUAAGCCAGUGGUUCUCAACCUGGGGUCCCCAGAUGUUUUUGGCUUUCAACUCCCAGAAAUCCCAGCCAGUUUACCAGCUGUUAAGAUUUCUGGAAGGUCAAAAACAUCUGGGGACCACAGGUUGAGAACCACUGCUCUAAGCAAACCGAUAAGAUAAAAAUAAAUGGACAACUGACAAAAGCUAUAGAUAUACAGAAAGGGAACAGACAAGGCUACCCACUUUCUCCAUUACUAUUUAUUCUGGGAUUGGAAAUUCUGAGUAUAAGAAUCAGAGAGUACAUGCAAAUUGAAGAGAACAAAGUAAGGGACAAGAAAUCAAAAACAGAACAUAUGCUGAUGAUACAGUAUGUAUUCUAUCUAACCCAACAUAGAGCGUUCAAAAAUUAUUAGAGGUAAUCAAAUGGUACUGAGUGGUAUCGGGAUUUAAAAUACAUGAAGACAAAUCCAAAUUGAUUACAAAAAUAUAGACACGAAAACUAUUAGGAAACUAGAAGAGGCUGCUGAUUGUAAGGCAGUCCCGAAGAUAAAAUAUCUGGGAAUAAUGAUUACGAGCAAAAACAAUGAUUUGUUUCAAGAUAAUUAUGGGAAGACGUGGUCAGCGAUCAAAGGAAUUCUGAAUAAUUGGCAGAAGUUACCAUUAACAUGGCUGGUAAGGAUAGCAAUAAUUAAGAUGAUGAUACUCCCCAAAAUGCUCUUAUUUCAGAACAUACCUAUCAUUAAAGGGAUCAAAAUGUCAGUGUUUGGAAAAGGGACAUCAUGAAAUUUGUUUGGGCAGGGAAAAAAAGCUGGGAUUGCUUACAAGAAUUUAACUGAUACCAAAGAGAGGGGGGAUUAAAUUUACCAGACCUAAAAACUUACUAUGAAGCUGCCUGCAUGAGCUGACUCAGAGAUUGGAUACAAUUCAAGAAUAUAAACUUUCUUAAUUUAGAAGGACAUGGAAUGAGAUAUGGGUGGCAUGCAUACCUAUGGUAUGAAGGGGAGAGAUUAAAUAAGGCUUUUAAUAAACUUAUAAUGAGAGGAAGCCUAAUAGAUGUCUGAAACAGGUACAAGUUAGAUAUGGAACCAAAAACACCCCUGUGGCUAUGACCAAUAGAAGCUAUUGCAAGACCUACCUCUAAGGAUGAUGUAAGAACAUACGAGGAAUUACUUAUCAGGUUCAAUAGCCAAUGGGCACUGAGGGGAAAAGAUGAACUGGGCAUCAAAGACUGGUUUAGCUAUCACCAAUUAUACGAAAAAUUUUAAAAGGAUGAAAAUUGCAUCCAUCUAAUUAGUACUUUAAUGGAAUGAACAAAGUAACCAUUACUGUUCAUUUUAAUUCUGGCUCAUGAUGGUAGUCUCCUAGUAGCUUUUUCUCUAGAGUAGUUUGAUUAUGAAAUAAAAAAGUUUACAUAUUUACUACCACAACUAGUAAAGGAGUUAAAUAUUGAAUGUACAUUAAUAAAAUGAAUAGUUUAGAAUGCCAAUUCAUUCUCUUGGUUUUGAUGAGAAUUUUAAUAUGACCAUAUUUAGCAAAUGGUGGUAUGCCUAAUGCAUUCGCUGUAUGAUCCAAUGAUGCCUCAGAAUAUACCUAAAAACACUUAGGGAAGCCCAUGGAGACGUGACAAAUAUUUUAAUCAGAGGAUGCAGUGCAAAUUCAUUUACAGGUCAGCUAUUAAUGUUUUUGUUGCUAUUAUUAUCUACACUCACUAAGUAAAAAACUAUAAAUUUUGCAAACCUUACUAAAAAGUUCCUAAAAGCAAAUAAAAAAAACUAGCAAUUAAAAUUUAGAUAGGUUUUAGUUUAAUACUCCAAAGGAUUAUUUGCCAAUAUACUCGUAUUUUCCACUGUGGUGCUGUGGCUGUUUUUUACUAUUAUUUUGCACAUUUGUUACUAAUGAGUUCCUUUAUACAAAAUGAAACAUGAUUUUAACCAUCUGUGCUGCUUUGUAUGUGUGGAGUGAAGGUUACAUGAGAUUUUUACAAUGCAUUUAUGCCUUUUAAGUCUGAUGUCCUGUAUAUGAGCUAUGUACCUCUGCUUUAUGAAGCAGUUUUAUUAACAGGUAUCAAGGGAAGUGAUCUGAUAUGCAUUUCCUUAAAAUAAAUGGUAUAAACCAA